AUGGGUUAACUGGGUGUCAUGAGGGAAACGCCUACAGCUCAAAGCUAGAACAUCUCGGGAAAAGUCAGAAAAUUCAGCAACAGAAACUAAUUGGUGUUUUAAACGAUACAAACAGUAGCAGGCAUGUCGUGAAACAUUGAAACUGUUGCCAAGAACGACCCGCAGCGACAGGGACGCACAGCUAGCUUCAAAGACAAAUCCCAUUGAUUUUGAAACGACAGCUGAAUCAGGAUGACGGAAUCAAACUCAAAAGCCGCAAAAGAAUUGACAGAAAUUGUGGAAGCGACUAUGCAGAAUCUUCACAGUAAAUUUCAAAGCAUGUCUGACCAGAUUGUUUCAAAAAUGGAUGACAUGGGGACUCGAAUUGAUGACCUGGAGAAGAAUGUUGCCGACCUCAUGACCCAGGCUGGUAUGGAUGAGCAGCAGACUUCUAAGUGACCAAGCCAUCAGGUUAACACAUAUCAGAUCAGCUAACUUCACUUGAUUUCUGAGGAUCCACUAAAGACAGAUGUGGCAUGACAAAAGGCCACACAUAGGCAGGUUAUUACUGAUCUAUUGUUAUCUAACAGCCUAUGGCAUUUGCUUUCUCAUUUAACGGGAUGUCAUUUGUGGGGGAUUUUACCAUGUAAACACAAUACAUCGUUUUUUUCUAUAAUAAAACAAAAUGUUUAUUCAACUGUUCAUAAACAAUACGAUGGGGUUGAAUAAU